AUGUCCGCUGUGCCCCACGAUGUCGGCACCGACGAUUCAAUCCCGUCUCGGGUUCGUUUUGGAUUUGACAGGGUCUCGCGCACCAUCUUUACGGCAUCAUCGAUGAUUUGCAUGUUGGCGCUCGCUUACAUGCUAGGAUCAAGAGCGAGACAUCUGCGGCUGAACCGCAUAUCCAGAAUGAAUUGCGUGCGAAAGAUUGUUGUGUUAAUGUAUAUUUUCGGCAUGAUGUUCAUCGGCGCGUCGGCCAUCCUGCAGAACGGGUUCGGGCUGUUGACGUCCUCGGACUGCUACGGCGCCGCCAUUGUCUGCCUGAUCUUCUAUAUCGGAAGCAAAGUGCUCCUGUACCUAUUCCUGGUCGAACGCGCCCACGUCAUCCGCGCACCAUAUAAACGCCGCAUGUCUGAUAAAUUGUGGAUCUUCAGCAUGGCCCUCGUCUGCCUGGGCUUCGGCGCCAUUGCCACCGUCUCUUUCGUGUGGCCGCUUUCCGAGAUAUCCCCAGUCGACGGCAAGUGUCGCAUUGGGCUUCCGCGGAAGGUUACAAUACCCAUGCUGACCUACGACAUCGCCAUCAACAUCGGCUUCACUGUUCUAUUCGUUUACCUGCUAUGGCCAUUGUUAAGCUUCCACAGAAAGCGCUCCCGUCGCAAUUAUUGGCCUCGCAGCCUGCUCCAGCGCGGACAACGGCAGCCUGAUAUCGAAAUACGCGAGAACGACCAGAUUCGCGUUGAUGUGGGAAAUCAGCGGCUGAGAAGGGUCCUGCGGAGACUGGUAUUCAAGACGGUCAUAGGUGGCUUUCUGAUCAUGAUACCGACGGCUGCAAAUCUUACCCUUCUUUUCGAGAUGAAGGGCCAUGAGCCGGGGUGGCUGUGCUUCACCGUUUGCUUUCUUGAUGUCACCUGGGCUAUUAUCAUUGUCCACUGGCUGACCGUCGACCCGGCGGACCUCGACAGCUCGAUCGACAAUUCCGGAAGCAGCGCGGGACCAAAACAUAUGAGACUGACCACCUCAAGUGAACUGACCUCAUACUCGCGAAACGGAGAGAGGAGCAUGGGUGGCAGUGCCAGGAGAUGUUCGUUCCUUGCGAUCCCGGGCACAAGUCCCCUCGGGAAAUGCUCGACCGCCGUCACUACCUCGGAUGUGAGUAUGAGCGAGGCCGAGUCAGACACGCCUCUACGAGCUGUGCGGAAAACCACCAUAAUAAGCCAGAGCUUCCUUCACCAGGGCAUGGCGGAAGGAGAAGCUUGCGGUACCCCGGACGCGAUUGGUCCGGAUGCGAGAAGAGCGACGGAAGCAGCUUGA